AUGCCGUCCGACGAACAACCCGUGAACGAAAUCUACAUGCCAGAACGCGGGUUUACACCUCUGGGCCUGACAAUUCUCCAAUCACUAGCCCAACGCGGAGCCCACAUAAUCGCUCUUUCCCCAGACCCAAUCGACUCUGCCAACAUAACUAUCCUCAUCAGUCUCCUCCGCACAACCACCUCGAAUGAACAAAUAUUCGCAGAGGAAUGCGAUGUCUCUUCACCCGCCUCCAUACGCUCUUUCUGUACUCGAUUUCUCACCGGGCAAGACCAGAGAAUCGACGCUAUCAUCUUCGCACACGAGUACCACCAAAUUGGCUCGUUUUUCUCUCGUAAGGACAAAGAAAAGGAGCGGAAUGAGGGUUCGUUAGCGACGUUCUUGAUCACCACGCUGCUAUUGCCAGCACUCCUGGUUGCCUGUGGAACGGGACAUUCGAAUCAUCAACGUCGUCAACUCAUUCUACGCAGCCGCCGCUACCCUCUUACCUCGUUUCGAUCCCCCAAAAGAAAGACGCACUCCAUGCUGCACAGAUACCUAAACCGGAAGAAGGCUCUUCCUCUGUCCCUGUGGUCAAUACGAAAGCGCAAAAGUGAAACAUCGUCGCUCUCUCUUCACCGCCGAUUGGACGAUACGUUCCGUACCUUUCGGAAUAGCCCUCUACAUCAUCCUCCAGCCCGUCGUUUGGAUCUUCUUCAAGUCCUCAGAAAUAACUAUGCAAUCCGUGCUACACGCCCUUUUCCUCUCAACGCCAACCGACCCAAGUUCCCGAUGCGAUGCCUGAGAAGUGUUGAAGCCCGUAUUGGAAAUCCCGGAUGA